GUUUAUAUGCAUAUGUACAUGUAUAUGUAUAUUUACGUGCGUGCGUGCGUGCGUGUGUGCGUACAUGUGUGCGUGGACAGACGGCGAUGUGAACUAGAGGAGAUGCAUAUGUAUAUCUAUAUUUACAUGUACAUGCAUGUACAUGUGUAUAUGUAUAUCUAUAUGUAUAUCUACAUGUACAUGUACAUGUACAUGUUUAUAUGCAUAUGUACAUGUAUAUGUAUA